AUGAAUUUUUCUCAGAGUAUUUUGCAACAUAUUGGACAAACACCAUUAAUCCGAUUAAAUCAUAUUCCAGGAGAAGAACUGCUUGAAUGUGAUAUUUUGGCUAAAUGUGAAUUUUUUAAUGCAGGAGGGAGUAUUAAAGACAGGAUUGCUAAAAUGAUGAUUGAACAAGCGGAGAGGGAUGGAAAGUUAGUUCCUGGAUCUACUCUGAUUGAACCUACAAGUGGUAAUACAGGUAUUGGAUUAUCAUUAAUUGCGGCAAUUAAAGGAUAUCGUAUGAUUAUUACACUUCCAGAGAAAAUGUCACAGGAAAAGAUUGCUAUUUUAAAGGCAUUGGGUGCAGAAGUUGUUUUGACGCCUUCGGAUGUUCCUUGGGAUUCUCCAGAAUCUCAUAUUGGAAUGGCAAAGAGGCUGAACAAGGAAAUUCCGGGAUCUGUAAUUCUCGAUCAGUAUGGAAACUCUAAUAAUCCGAAAGCACAUGAGCUUUAUACAGCAACUGAGAUCCUGGCGCAAACAGCAGGUAAAAUAGAUAUGGUUGUGGCGGGUGCUGGGACAGGAGGGACUAUUUCUGGUCUUGCAAGAACAUUGAAGAAGUAUAAUAAAAAUAUAGAAAUUGUUGGCGUGGAUCCAGUAGGAUCAAUUCUUGCUUUGCCUGAGUCUUUAAAUACAGAAGUAGGGAUGUAUCAUAUUGAAGGAAUCGGGUACGAUUUUAUACCAGAUGUUCUUGAUAGAUCUCUUGUGGACCGUUGGAUUAAAAUAAGUGAUAAAGAAUCUUUUUUAAUGGCUAGACGGUUGAUUGCAAGAGAAGGGCUUUUGUGUGGUGGAAGUAGCGGUGCUGCAAUGGCUGCCGCAGUACUUGCUGCAAAAAAAUUAGGAAAAGGAAAAACAUGUGUAGUUAUUUUUCCGGAUUCUGUUAGGAAUUAUAUUAGUAAGUUUUUGGAUGAUCGUUGGAUGUUUGAUUAUUCAUUUCUUGAAAACCCUAAAAAAUUAACUUUGGAUACACUCACUCUAAAAUCAAUGAAUCUUAAGUCUCUUAGACCUAUAGAUACAUCUUUUACUUGUCUUUCUCUUCUAAAGAUUAUGAGGAAUAAUUCACUUGAGGUAUUUCCAAUUGUAGACUUAUCGAAAAAAUUGGUUGGUCUUGCUUCUAUACGGGGUAUCUUAUCAUCUGUAGCACGUUCUCUUUCUUCUUUCCAUGACUCAAUUGCUACCGUAAUGUCGUGUUUUCAAAAACAACUUGAAAACCCUAUUAGCAUUGAACAAUGGUUUUCUUUAAAAUCUUCAUCUUGCUUUGUUUCUCCUAAGGAGCGGUUUGUAGUCAUUACACUUGACACUCCUGUUCUUAUGCUUAUGGAUUUUUUGAAUAGCUAUAGAUAUGCUAUUAUUGUUACACCUUUAUCUGAUACUUGUUUUUUUACUCCAAAACAUGUUGUUACACGAACAGAUCUUUUGGAUUUUAUUUAUAGGAAUGUUUUGUGA